AGGAGUUUUGUUUUGGCGGUGCGUCGUGAUGGGGCGAAGCUUCUAGUUCCGUGUCGAGAUUUGUGUCUCGUUUUCCGCUCAGCUGGGUGCUUCAACAUCGUGGUGUGCGGAUACAUCCGUCCAACGUGCAUCCCUUGUUUCUUCUGAAGAAGACAGCACUUAUUGUUACGCGUCGAACGACUCGUAGAUUGACGACGCAAAAUCGCCGGCGGUCGCACCCCCACAAAAGAACCACAUGUCAACCGCAAGCCCUCUUCCGAUACCAUGCUGACUGACAGCGGACGCCCGCCAUGGAGCUAGAAGGCCCAGAUGCCGCGCCAACGGAUGCGGCGUCAGCUAGAAGCGAUGGCGCGCGAAAGAAUGGCCUGGCCAAGAUGCCGAUGAGCGAAGAGCGGACGUUUGAGGUGUUCCUGAAGGAAUUUGCUCCUUUGACCCACCUUUUGAGCCAGUUGCCUCAGCAGGCCCAGAGGGGCCUCACAAAAAUCGGUGUCAAGCUGACAUGCCUGGACGUCGUAGCCGAAUACAUCGCCAUCGGCUCCAAUGUUGGGGUUGUGUUCCUGUACGACAGGACCAAGAACACAGUGACCAGGCUAAAAUGUGCAGAAAUGCUGGAUGCCAUCACCUCCAUAUCCCUCAUCUCGUCCGUGGACUUCAUGCUGGGCGUGGGUUGCCAGAGCGGACUCUGCAUCGCCUACCAGAUUCCCAUGGCAGGGACACAGUCGAAGAUGGAGAAGUACCUAAUUGAGGACAUUCACCACGCACCCAUCACGUCUGUCUGCUGGAGUCCAAAUGCCAUGAAGUUUUACAGCGGUGACGCGAGAGGGUGCGUCACGUGUACAGAAAUAGACUAUGAUCAGCACUUGUGUAAGAGCAAGAAGUUGCACGUAGAAGACCAUCCGGUGAUCCAGCUCGACUACAUACCUCAGACCCUCCUGAUCUCGACGACCAAGAGAACCGUCAUCUGCCACUGCAUGAAGGAUGGCGUCAGAGUCGUCCAGCUUGGCAAUCACGAGCGAAAGUCCAAUAGUAACUUUGGAGCGUGCUUCGCGCCUCCACAGUCGUACGGCGAACGGCAGGUGACCGUCUGGGCAUGCCGACCAGGAAUGCGACUUUGGAAGGGCACGCCGGAUGGCGUCGUUUUAGAGACGCUGCUGCUUCGAGACUCGCUAAAGCAGGAAUACUUCCAACCACAGAUGCUUAGCCUACCAAAGGAGUCGUAUCUGGAGAAGCUUCCGGACUCCCAGUUCGGACUGUUGAAGCCGUACCGGAAGCGCCUGCUGCUGACAUGGAGCUCGGAGACAUUUUUCGUGGUGGACCCCGCUGUGAGGUCCCUGGUGGUCGUGUGCCCCGGCUUUGUAAAUAUCACCGACGUCGCUGUCUGCGGAGAUGAGAUCUUUGUGCUACAGGCGAAGCGUCACAUUGUCAGGCUGGCAGCACACCCGGAGGACAUUUGGGACCAUCCUGAAGACAAUGAGAUGCGGCUUCCGGACAUGACGGCUAUUAAGAACACCAUCGUCACCCCGCUAGCCGAGAUCACGGCGCUCCUCCGGGACACCCGGCUCCCCGACCCUCAGGUGCUGCAGCUCUUCAAGAACAAAAAUGGAAGCGCGGUUCUCGACUGGUUCCGACAGAAGGCACCCAGACCGCACGAAAGUGACAGCGGCGGCAGUUCUCCCAGUGGCACAGUGCGGCGAGGGAGCACUGCCAGCGGCAACAGUCGUUUUGCCGAAACGGCGUUGGAUGCCGAACAGGUGUCCAGCACCGAAACGGUGGCCACGCCGCCGAGCGAUGCUCCAUCAUUUGUGCAUCGGUCGAGGAGCUUCGAGUCAAUGCAGUUCCCCAACGAGUCGGAGGGUGAAGAAGACAUAGUGUUUACUGCCAGAAAGCGCAAGGCCAAACAUGGUUCGUCUACAAAUGCAGCACGAAGUACGCCCACACUGGUCGUGCCAACAUCGUCGGACGAACGUCCGUCUCCCGUCCCCACGUACGACGAGGUCUUCGCCAGCCCCAGCGGCACGUCGCCUUUGGACCAGAGCACUUUGAACAAGGAAAACAAGAAAUCUGAGUGCCCGCCACCAUACAGCGCCUCCGAGAACGAGCUCGUCUCUCACAUUCUCAGUCGUUACGGCCAGCUGAAGCAGCGUCAGCGCCACGACGGAGCCGAUGCCAGCCAACCCUUAGACAUUCCUGUCGGCAGUACAUUGGCGCCGAAUGACUCCGGCAAUCUCUCUCCGUCCCCUGCUUCGGUGUCGAGCGGGGCAGCUGAAACCGGUCCCGAAGCCGGUGCCAGUGCCGCGGACGGCGCCGAUGCUGGAAAUCUGGAGCCCGAGGACAGUCCAGAUUCGGAGCCAGAACUUUCCAUCGAGGACAUUUACAGCAAGAACAAAGACGCAACCGAUUCAUACGAGUCGGCGGAGUCGUCUGUGCCCGACGUCGUGUUCCACGGCAUCGUGGAGCCACGCUUUCCUCGCUAUGAUUUCCACUGGGCCCAGGUCAAAGGUCCAGGGCCCGUGGUGUCGUUGGCAGCGUGCGACGGCUACCUCUGCUGCGUCGACAGCCGAGACAACGUGUACUACUCCCGGCUCAUGGGACGCGAGUUCACGUGGCGCAGCGGGUCGCGCCCCAUGAACAGGGUGGCCCUGUCCCCGUCCGGUUGCGUCCUGUGGGCCAUCUACAAGGAGAAGCUGUACGCGGCACGCUCGCCCCUGUGCAACGAACCCCUCGCCCUGGGCUGGGAUGAGGUCGCCAUGAAUGUGGUCAGCGUCAGUGUCACCGAGACCACAGCUUGGUACGUGACCGGUUCGGGCGACGUCUUCAUGUGCCCCGACGUGACGGUUCAGGGCAAGCCGGUCACUUUCUACGGCGUCAGCUGCCUCUUCAAGGUGCAGCAAGUCGCCUGCUACGACGACGUCGUUUGGGUGCUCACGGCACAGGACACUCUCCUUGGGCGUGUCGGAAUCUCUCCGAAGGUGCCCCAAGGCACGGGCUGGACCGACAUACCCCUGCCUUCCAAAGGAAGCCCUGCCUGCAUUCACCUGGGCUACAACAGCACGGGCUGGCUCAUCGACAGUGAAGGUAGCGUCUUCUUCAAGACGAACCUCAAGAACAGCGUCCCCUGCGGCUACAACAAGGAAUGGUGGCAGGUGGACUUGAAUGAGUUCGUGUACCAGAUGUCGCCACCUCUGGCCAAGAUGCAGAAGAAUCUCAGUUCUGUGUUCAGCACCGACAAAAUCUCGCACAAGGUCCUCGGCAAGGGCAAGUGGCACCUGGUGGCCGGGAAGCACGGCGUGUGGUUCUGCGAGAGCAUGUCCUCGCAUCUCAACUCCUGUCGGCGGGACAUCACAGGCUACUUUUGGGAGAAGGCACACGUGAAUCUCUUGCACUCAGGGACUAAAUGGACGGACAUUGCCGCCGGUGGAGUCUUCAAGGACGAGGGCGUCGUGUGGGGCCUUCAGACAGGUGGCCAGCUGGCGGCGCUGUCUCCACGCCUGCGCAAGUGGUACACCGUGGGCCUGCCCCGUGGUACUUCGCUCAGCUGCAUUGCACCCUCGCCCGAGUCGCUCUGGGUGCUUACGAGCGACGGUCAUGUGAUGGUGCGCACUGGCCAGACACACCACCAACCGAUGGGCGACACCUGGGUCUCGCUGGACACCUCGCAGCUGGGUGACGCCCAGCUUACGCACAUCAGCUGCAGCUACGAGACGGUGUGGGCAUGCGACACCAAGGGAACAGUGUACAUGCGCAUCGGCUCUCUGCGGCCGCCCGCUCCUCGAACGUUGCCACCUGCCUGGGUGCCGAUUGAGUCGGGUUACCAGGAGGAGUCGCCAUUCAUAUCCUCGUCUGCAUCAGAAAACCCGUUUUCGUUGCCCUUUGAGAUUUCAAGGUUUCUGAAGCCCCACCUCACCAAGGUGUACGUGGGUCCCCGCAACUUUAUGGUGUGGGCGUUGGACAACCGCAAACACGUCUACGUUCGCGAGGGCAUCUACCCCGAGCUCCACAUCGGCACCAGCUGGGUGGAGGUUCCAGGGGUCCAGGCCCGCCAGCUCUGUGUGAGCGAGAAGGCCGUCUGGGCACUGACGCCGUCGGGCGAGAUCUUCCGCCGCUUCAACAUCUCCAACAGCAACUUUGUGGGCGAUUACUGGAAGAGGAUACCAGGCCACGCCGCCUGUCUUGCCGUGUCUGUUGAUGACAGGCUGUGGGCAGUCGCUGCCGAUGGCUCAGCACUGCAGCUGUCCACCUUUGAGCUGCCGUCGCGCAUCAACGAAAUGGACACGUUAGGCCUCCCCGCGUCUGCCGAAAAGACCGACACCGACAUGGACGGAUGGGAGCUCGUUUGACGUAUUUCACCUAGAUUACUUUUUUCGGGCAUUUCCACAACUCGUCUGUUUCCGCAGACAUAACCUUUCUGCUCAGUUUUCUUAUUUUUUUUUUCUCUCUUUAGACACCUUUCAGUGCUGGCAUUACUAUUAGUGGCAUUAUGCACACAGUGCUUGUUAACUGACGCCAAUGUAGUAGUGUGCGCAAGUGUGAUUACGUACAGUGGCCAUCAAACGUUUGCAGGACGGAGAUUUCGUGAAAACGCGAAAUUUAACUCCAGGCUUUGCUUGCAGCAAGUAAAACGCUGGCGUAGGUUGCAAGUCUUGAAAUACAUGCUGCAUGCCCCAGGCUCAGGAAAUGUUCGGGUUUUUCUCGGAUCCUGCACCCUGUAAGCGUUUGACGAGCAACAGCAGUAUUUGCAUUAAAGCAUGUAAACGUGUACGUUUUGCGUAAGCCUUACAACGUUAGACUGGCAAUAUAGGUCGGCUUCUGAUAUGUGGGCUAUGUAUAUACUCUGUAAGGUUCCCACUUGGGAAGCUUUGUCAGCCCUUAAUGCAGUGUUUAUGUGAAAUAUACGAAUAGAUUAAGUAGUUGUGUUUAAAACAGCAUAUUAUUACGUAGCCUCAAAAGGUGCGUGUUUUACACUUUUGUAUGUGUCUUUAUGUCUGCCCAGCAGUAUGGUUGUUGCACAUAUCUUUGUGAAUGCUUUCCCACUUUUACGUAGACUCCCUGAACUCUUUUAGGUGGCGUCGUAAUGUAUCGCACGGUUAUUUAUUUUUUUUGCUAUGCACCGAUGCAAUGAUGGUGUGGUUGUGGACUUGUAGGACUGAAAUGUGUCGUCUUGUUUUCAUUUGCACUGCUUUCGUUGUUGGCCCUCCGGAAUGCACCUGUAUUUAUGCUACAUUUAAACGCAAAAGCUUGGAACAGCUAAAGCGAAUUUUGCCUGCUCCAAUGCUAAGUGAAUGUUGAGUACCUAUACAGCUCACCAUUCACAGGAACAUCUACGUGAAACGUUUGAAUGCUGACACGACGAAGUUGAUGCAAUGACGUUUGUUGCCGAUUGAGGAAGGCCAGCGACCUAUUGCUCAUCCUUCUUUUGCUUUGUGCCUCAGAGUAUUAAGCUAAAAAACUUUAAAAAUGCACUUCCAUGAGUGUAUAUUGGAAAUGAACAUCUGCUGCCUGGUGGAAUAACGUUUGUGAAAAUCUUGACGGGAUGUUCUUUUGUGGAGUAGUGUAUUGAUUAAGAAAGCAAAGUAUACAUAUAGUACAUAUAAUUUAAUGUAGUAACCCGGUUAUACAAAUUACAAGUCGAAAUAUACGUCCAUGAGCGUUUACUGGAAACGAAAGUGUACAGCCUGAUGGUGUAAUAACUUUUGUGAAAAAUCUUCACGGGAAGUUCUUUUGGUGGAGUGAUGAAUUGAAGAAGAAAGGAAAGUGUGCAUAUACUGAUAACGUAACCCUGUUACACAAAUUACAAGUGCCUGCAGUUUUUAUGUGCGUUUGUUAACAGGAGUUGUUGACUUUGAUAAAUAAACAGUGCACUCUUGCAUUGUGCUUAUCAAACCUUAUCAGAUGAAUUUCAAUGAAUGUUCAUGAUGCGUGCCGGGGUAUGUCACAGGCACAAGUAAAGAAAGUGCAGCUUCUAUAGUAUUUUAAUGUGAGCUCAAACUUGAUUUGCAGUCACAGUGGUUUGGGUUACAAACUUCGAAGUCUAAUUCAUUAUAUGGGCACUAACAGGAAGUUGCAGUAUCACGCAACAACAUUUCACUGAGAGUUACUAAUCAGUGAUGACUCUUUAUGAACAUAUGUGGCAUUGCACUAUGACGCAAACUGGCAUGUGUACUGAAAUCCAAACAUGUAAAGUUCAACAUAGCAUUAACGGCGCUUCAUUAUCUUUAAGCACCAAAGAAUUAUUUCAUAGUGUGGCUUCACAAAUUUAAGCCACUGCAAAAUGUUUACCAGUGUUUUUCACACAACUACACCGUUCCAGUAGUUUCCACAUCAUAUUGCAUGCACUGACACUAAGCAACAGUGCAUCGUAUGUUGAAAACCAAACAGUGCAAGAACAUUUACGCAGUCCAACUUCGCAAUAACUCUACUCGCAAUACUAUAUGAGCGUUUGGUACGUAGGAAUGCGCAUAGGGUAGGGUGAUGUCCGUUACUUUCAGCAGGCUAACAGACAUUUGAUGAAUACGGCAGAUAGCGUUCUCGGUUUGUUGAGGCAAAUGUUGUCACAGACCUGUAUCACUUUGCAACGUAACGCUCACUGUGAUCCAUUUUUACGCCUGCACAAGGUUACUUCCACAAUGUUGACUGGCAAGUUAGAAACCGAGUAGAUGUGGCGUGAUUGCUGUAAGGAUGCAGCACAAAGUUUUGUGGUAUCUUUUAGUGUCAUUGUAGCUCUUCUUAGCCCUUAAUAUGUAUGAUCCAUGUUUACUAUCCUAGCAUCAGAAAAAAAAGCAAGCAUAGCAUUCAGUAACCUGAGAACAGUAACAUUGUUAAUAUAAAGUCAUGGCACGAUAUAAUGAGCAUAGAUAUAUCAAAUUAUUUCAUAUAACAAACACGGAAAUAAAUUUUCAGCUAUAACGAAUCAGUUUUUUUGUUGGAUAUGACUGUGUGUACAAUGAGGCUUAACUGUAUUAGCCAUUGCACAACUGCUGCUAAUAGAUUCUCGAAAUUCGUAGUAUGCUGCGAAGUUUACUCCUGUCGUUUUGCUAUUGCGCCUUAGAAAACACCGAAUCGCACCCUCCCUCUCCCCUUGUGUGUUGACUCUGUUUUUGAUAGCCAUUAUACUGUGAUAGCAAAACAGCACUUUUGCUUCGAAUGCAACUUUGGUUGAGUGUUAAGAUAUGCUGUGAAGGUUGUGCUGUGUACAGUUGCUCGCUUUCUUUGUCAUUCUUAUAAAUAGACGAGCUACAUUGAUGUAUGCGGAAGUAUAGCAAUAGUUCAAGAAUGCGAGCGUAGCAUUUGACAAGGCCUCCAUUGUAAGUUAAGGAUGUAUUCUGCUGUUCUUUCUUUUUUUUCUUUUUCAGUGUAAUAACAUCUCCUGUUGUUGUUGCACUUUAGUAAUGUACAUUCCGCAACCUUUGUUGAAUAUACGAAAUAAGCUGUGUUGUUUGAACAGUGAGUUGUUUGAAUUGAAUGCAAAUGUUCAGGAAAAGUUGGUUUUUUGAAUAGUAAGCUAAGGAACAAAGAAUUUUCUACUGCAAAAGGGAGACAAAGAUAUUAAAAGGGAAAAAAAAUGUGUGCUUCUUUUAAUACGUGCAUUGCUAUUUGUACUUGAAGUCAUGGGCACCUCUUAGUUGGCUUAUGAUGACUGCACAUUGGCUACUCAUACAUUGCGGAACAGCACAAAAAAAAGACAAAACGUCAGAGAAGAGGAGACAGCAACAAGUGCUAACAGCCAUUACCAACCGGCCCAGCUUAUCAUGCUUUGGCUACUCGUAGUUAGUUGACCAGGUGCAGUCAGCAUUAAAUUGUUUUUCUCUAUGGUUUCACAAAAAAGACAAAAUAUCUCCACAGUUCUGGUAAUUAAAAGUUUUAAGUCACUGGAACGCAGCAUUAGCCACAUGGUAUUGAGCCGUGAUUGAAUACUCGAAGUGAUAGAAUGUGAACUUUUCUAAAUAAAUACCUUUUUCAAUGUAGAAGUAUUUCAGUCAUAUGCUUAAUGUUGAAUACAUUCUA